AUGACAGCCCUGAACAGAAUCCAGAUGCCCCUGAAGCAGGCAGCAACCAGCCUGUCGUACUGUCUGAGGGCACACUCCACCAGGGCAGCAACCGCCGUGGGCCCGGCCAAGAUUGGGCGGCCUUCUGAGGAAGUGUUUGCCCGAGAGGACAAAUAUGGCGCUCACAACUAUCAUCCGCUACCAGUGGCCAUUCACAGAGGAAAAGGCGUUUUUGUGUGGGAUGUGGAAGGAAACAAGUACUACGACUUCCUCAGCGCCUACAGCGCCCUCAACCAGGGACACUGCCACCCUAGAAUUAUCGAGGCGCUCAAGAAACAAGUGGACAUCGUCACUCUGACUUCGCGAGCUUUCUACAACACCUGUCUUGGGGAGUACGAGGAGUACAUUACAAAGCUGUUUGGUUAUGAUAAAGUGCUGCCAAUGAACACAGGCGUAGAAGCUGGUGAAACAGCGCUGAAGCUGGCCAGAAAAUGGGGUUACAAAGUGAAAAAAAUCCCUGACAAUCAAGCUCGCAUUAUUUUUGUGGAAGGAAACUUCUGGGGCCGGACACUGGCCGCUGUGUCCUCGUCAACUGACCCGUCCAGUUACGGAGGUUUUGGUCCCUUUAUGCCUGGCUUUUCUGUGAUUCCUUACAAUAAUAUCAGUGCUCUAGAGAAAGAACUCCAAGACCCCAAUGUCUGUGCUUUUAUGUUCGAGCCCAUUCAAGGCGAGGCAGGAGUCUUUGUGCCUGAUGAUGGGUAUUUGCAGAAAGUGCGAGAAGCGUGCACGAAGAACAACGUUCUAAUGGUUGCUGAUGAGGUGCAGACAGGGCUGGGCAGAACUGGCCGACGACUGGCUUGUGACCACGAGAAUGUGCGUCCAGAUAUUGUUGUUCUGGGAAAAGCCUUAUCUGGAGGAUUGUUGCCGGUGUCCGCUGUGUUGGCAGACGAUGAAAUCAUGCUGACGAUUCUUCCCGGAGAGCACGGCUCCACUUUUGGCGGUAAUCCCCUGGCUUGUAAAGUUGCCAUGGAGUCUCUCAGGGUGCUAGAAGAAGAGAAACUGGCAGACAAUGCACAGAAACUGGGUGUCAUUUUGCGCCGAGAACUGAGCAAACUGCCCAAAGACAUCGUGAAGAUUGUCCGCGGAAAAGGUCUUCUGGAUGCUAUUGUCAUUGACAGCCGUUAUGACGCCUGGGACAUCUGUCUGAAAAUGCGCGACAACGGUCUGCUGGCUAAACCAACACAUGGGGAUAUCAUCCGCUUUGCUCCACCCCUGGUCAUGACAGAUGAACAGCUGUACGAGUGCGUCGACAUUAUCUCCAGAGUUAUCCUUUCCCUGAAGUAA